AUGCUGUCAGGAAUUCUCAUAUUCAACCAGAAAGGCGAAAACCUCAUCUUUCGAUCGUUCCGGAAUGACUGCCGCCCGCGCCUCGCCGACGUCUUCCGCAUCCAGGUCAUCUCUAAUGCGCAGGUCCGAUCCCCUAUCCUAACCCUCGGAAGCACAACGUUCAGCCAUGUCAAGCACGAGAACAUCUAUCUCGUGGCAAUCACCAAGAGCAAUGCCAAUGCCGCCUUGGUGUUUGAGUUCUUGUACAGGCUGAUUCAAUUAGGCCGUGGUUACUUUGGCAAGUUUGACGAGGAGGCUGUUAAGAACAACUUUGUCCUCGUCUACGAGCUUCUCGAUGAAAUCAUCGACUUCGGCUACCCCCAAAACACCGAAACUGACACGCUCAAGAUGUAUAUCACCACCGAAGGUGUCAAAUCCGAGAGGGCAGUGGAGGAUUCGGCCAAGAUUACCAUGCAGGCGACAGGUGCCCUUUCGUGGAGGAAGGCGGACGUGAAAUAUCGAAAGAACGAGGCCUUCGUCGACGUCAUCGAGGACGUGAACCUUCUCAUGUCGGCUACCGGCUCCAUCCUCCGCGCCGAUGUCACCGGUCAGAUUGUAAUGCGCGCAUAUCUAUCGGGAACGCCGGAGUGCAAGUUCGGUCUCAACGAUCGCCUACUGCUCGACAACGACGGACUUCUCAGCCUACCCAGCGGCAACAGGAUGGGAACUAAGGCGACAAAAGCUGCCGCCGGCAGUGUUACGUUAGAAGACUGCCAGUUCCAUCAGUGCGUCAAACUCGGCAAGUUCGACAGCGACAGAAUAAUCAGCUUCAUCCCGCCGGACGGCGAGUUCGAGCUUAUGCGGUACCGAGCGACGGAGAACGUCAAUCUGCCGUUCAAGAUUCAUGCUAUUGUGAAUGAGAUCGGUCGCACCAAGGUGGAAUACAGCAUCGGUGUCAAGGCCAACUUCGGGUCCAAGUUGUUUGCCACCAACGUUGUUAUCCGCAUCCCUACCCCGCUUAACACGGCCAAGAUCACCGAGAGGUGUACGCAGGGUAAAGCCAAAUACGAGCCUUCGGAGAAUAAUAUUGUGUGGAAGAUUAGUCGGUUCACGGGCCAGAGCGAAUACGUGCUUAGUGCCGAAGCUAUCCUCACGAGCAUGACGAAUCAGCGGGCGUGGUCUCGUCCUCCGCUCAGUAUGAGCUUCAGCUUAUUGAUGUUCACAAGCUCGGGGCUUUUGGUGCGGUAUCUGAAGGUGUUCGAGAAGAGCAACUACUCGAGCGUAAAGUGGGUGAGGUAUAUGACCAGGGCAGGGUCAUACGAGAUAAGAUUCUAA